AUGUCCGACUCCGCAGACCCAGAAUGGUCAACCUCCUUCGCAUCCGGCCCUACCAUGUCUUUGCUACCCACUCAGUGCCUUCCUGGUGAUGUGCCUGCAACUACUUUUAUCGACGACGAUGCGCAGGCCGAUUCGUCCGGUCGCCGAUAUAUCGGGGCCUCUCAGAGUUCCGCAAUCGAACGGCUGAUGAAGCUCAAGCAAGAACUUCGCCCCUUGGAAUCGGAAGAAUUCUGGCAUCAAUUAAUGGAGCAAAUCAGUCUUCUAUGCAAGGCUCAGUAUGUUUUCGUCGCUCGCAGGGCUCGGGACGAUGAAUCAACAAGUGAGAUAGAGGGCCACAAAACCCGACUGUUCGGCACGGCUUUCUAUUACAACGACGGCAACAACACCGCGGGUAUGCAGAGACGCAGGUACUUUGCAGGCGGAAAUCCUCUCUCACACAUGGAUCGUGAGAAGCCAUGUCUGAUUCCCGAGAAAUUGGGCUCCUUCAUUUCGUUUGAUCGGGACCAGCUUCCGUUUGCCGCUGAGGGAUAUCUGGCCGUGCCGCUUUUCUCGGGGACAAACUGUCUUGCCUUUUUCGGACUUAUGUGGUCGGAACCGGGCUUGCAGAAGCGUAAUCUCUCGUGGUCGCUUCUCGAAAUGAUUCUGUAUUCACUAGAGGACUUGGUUGUGCAGCGGAUCCGCGACGAUGCUCACCCUACAGUGUCUGAAGCGCCUGGCCAGGAGAGCACAAACCCUCCUACAGGAAAGACAAGUGUUGUGGGUGAUGUGAAUUUCGGGAUCGUCCAUGGAUCUGCCGACUUCUCAUCUCAACCACUCAAGCCCUAUGCGAGGAGCUUGUCCCACGAGCUCCGGACGCCGAUGCAGGGUGUGGUCGGGAUGCUGGACGUUAUGCAUGCAACUGUGCGCGAAGCCAUCCAAGACAAACCAUCUCCCAAGGCUGGCUAUGUCUUUCGCACGCUUAAGGAAAGCAUUGAAAUGGUUCAAGAUAGUGCACGCAGGGCUGUCGAAGCGGCCGAUAAUGUGGUUCAUGCCUACGAUAUGAACAUGCAAGUUCCGAAGACUCCUCAGUUUGAACGGGAUGACUUCUUCGGUGGUGCGACGCAGAGUCCGGUCUGUGCGAGUGAGACUCGGCCAACUAUUUUUGUGGAAAGAAGCAACAUCACGGUCAAUCCGUAUAAGCGACGACGUAGCAACCCUCCGGACUGGAACGCCGGUCAGCCUCCGAAGUCAAAAGCGCCGCGAGUCGCCGCGCCAAGAGGUCUCUCACCUCGCAGCGAAGAAGUCAAAAAUGCAGUCCACGAAAGCGAGAAACUGCUCCAGGCUACCCCUGCCCACGAGAUUGAAGCGGUAAUGGCAAACGUGGUUGAUCCCCGUCCGUCUUUGGCUGUUCGGCGUUCGGCACCCCACCUACUACUGGAAGGCAUUAAUAUCAAUCAGCACGUUCCAGCUCUACGCAUGACUAAACUGCGUGAUCUUCUCCGUUUAGUGAUCAACGAGUCAUUGCAUGUCGGUGGUCGACCCGAUUUUGCGGUAAGCAAUGCGACUCAGCAAGGAGAGAGAAUCGAGGUCCGCUCACGGUCAUCCAACGGUGAGGUCUUUUCGAAGACGAUCGACUGGUCUGUGGAUCCGGCGCUGCCGGAGACACUGUUCGUGGAUGAUCGGGAUCUGGCUAAGUUGAUCUCCUGCGUGUUCCUGAAUGCGGUCAAGUUCACCAAUAGCGGUAUGAUUACUGUGGCUGCCACUGUUGGCCGCAAGGCGAACGAUGUCUUAAUUAGCAUCAAGGACACAGGCCCAGGUAUCCCGGAUGAUUUUCUACCGAAACUCUUCAGGCCCUUCGCUCGGGAAGACACAUCCACCACCCGGAGCAAAGAUGGGCUAGGCUUGGGUCUCCUUGUAGCCAAAGGCUUAUCAAGAAAGAUGGGCGGUGACCUCAUCUGUGUUCGUUCUUCGACCUCGGGACCCGAUCGUGGUUCGGAGUUUGAGAUCAGAAUUCCCGCCAACCAGCCUGAACCUUCAGCAGAUCGGCCUCUGCUGCCUCCCAAACUGCUUACGCCUCCCCAGCUUACUGAUGCGACACGGCUGAGCAGUGCAAGCAAUAUCACGCCAGACUUUUCUGCACUGUUGCCUACCCCGCGGACUCCUGGCCCGCAAAUGCAGCAGCCGUCGCCCUGUCUUACUGAUGACCCUCCAUUGGUGACUUCGACGCCUGCACCUCCUCCUCCCAGGAGCACACCACCACAGCGUCACAUCAACGGCGAUACCCAUGACAGCCGUCUCGGGGAAAAGCACCCGUUAACGUUUCUCGUCGCGGAGGAUAACAAGAUUAACCGUCGUGUGUUGGUGCACAUGUUAAAACGACUUGGCUACAAGGACAUCUAUGAGGCCUGCAACGGCAAAGAAGCCGUGCGUAUUAUGCAAGAUGUUCUUGAGACUCAGCGUCCCGGCGAACAAGGCUCGUGUCAGUCACCGAAUCCGGAGAAUGGCCCUGACGGCUUCACAAUUCCCAAGCCACCUAGUCAUACCAAGAAACGAAAACUAGUGGACGUCGUAUUGAUGGAUCUCUGGAUGCCAGAAAUGGAUGGCUAUGAAGCCACAUCCAAGAUCCUGCAGCUAGUCGACGAGUACAGGGAUAAACUUCCCCUCGAUACUCAGUCCGACCAGCAUCCCACCUUCGCUGCCUGCCAACCACAGCCUCCUACAGUCCUGGCUGUCAGUGCCGAUGUCACAGACGAAGCUCUCAACCGUGCCACGAAGGUCGGCAUGAAGGGCUAUAUGACCAAGCCGUACAAGCUUUCCGACCUGGAGCGGCUGAUCCUGGGCUUCUGCAGCAACAAUACCCCACGGCCGCGUGAUGAUACAAUGAAUACAUGA